AUGGGGUAUGCCACGUUCUAUAGGGUGUUAUCCCCACGCCAACUCAAUGUCAUGAUUCAGGCUUUUUCCCUCGUUUGCAUAUUCUUCGAGGGAUAUGAUCAAGGUGUCAUGGGAGGCGUCAACAGCUCUCCAAGAUAUGUGACCGAGGUUGGAAUUGGCGAACCCGAUGGCACAGUCACCAAUACCACUCAUCAGGGAGGUAUUGUUAGCAUCUACUACCUUGGAUGCAUUUUCGGUUGCUUCGGAGGUGGCUGGCUGGCCGAUCGGUUAGGCCGUAUCAAUGGUCUCUUGAUCGGAGCCUUUUUUGCGCUGGUGGGAGGCGCUUUGCAAGCUGCAGCUCAGAGCUCAGACUUCAUGCUCGUCGCCAGGGUGGUGACAGGCGUUGGCACUGGUGCAUUGACUGGGAUCGCACCAGUACUGGUAUCGGAGACGUCAACAGCUGAUCACCGCGGAGCCUUUCUAGGAUAUGUCUUCAUUGCAAACUAUCUAGGGAUUUCUGUCGCAUAUUGGCUGGCAUUCGGCCUUGCUUUCAUCAAUCGUGGCUACUCAGAUAUUCGCUGGCGUUUUCUGUUAGCGUUUCAAUGUGUUCCAGCACUUAUCCUGCUGCUAUUCAUUAAGAUGCUGCCGGAUAGUCCGCGUUUCCUUGCAUCUGUCGGUCGUUAUAGCGAAGCUCAGGAGGUCCUUAACAGGAUCCGUUGUCAUAAAGCCAGUCAAUCAGAGAUUGACCUCGAAUAUAAAAAUAUUAUUGCGACAGUGGAAGAAGGCAAAUCGAGCUCACCCGUUCAAUUUGCUAAGAUCUUGAUUGGCAGAGGCGGAAAGCCCGGCGCCAAUCUAGGCCGACGCGCCUGGCUGUGUGUCUGGCUCCAGAUUAUGGCAUCUUGGACUGGAAUUACAGCCGUUACGGCAUAUUCUCCUGUUCUGCUUCGGCAAGCCGGCUACAGCGAGUUGACCCAAAAUGGCCUUGCCGGGGGGUUGAAUACGAUCGGUAUUCUGGGUACGAUAAUCAGUGCGCAGAUCGUCGAUCGGAUCGGGAGGAGGAAAUGUUUGAUUCUGGGCUCCGUCAUGUUAUUCAUUGUCGAGCUUGUAGCAGGAUCUGUGUACGAGGCAUCCCUUCAUCGGCCGGAUAAAGCUGAUCAGCUUGCCCCCGCUGCUGUUGCGAUGCUGUUCUUAUUCAACCUGGCAUAUGCAGCGACGUGGGGAACCGUCGCUUUCUUGAUACCGACCGAGAUAUUUCCCUCCAACCUCCGGGCUCAAGGCAAUGGCUUUGGUAUUACCGGCUGGGCCAUUGGAGUUGGGAUGACCACACUGGUCAAUCCUAUCAUGUUUGGAAGUAUUGGAAGUCGCAGUUACUUCCUCCUCGCUGGAUUGAAUCUACUGUGGGUUCCAGUCAUCUACCUAUUCUACCCCGAGACGCGUAAUCGAACUUUGGAGUCCAUUGAAUAUCUUUUCUCGACCUCGAGACCAUUUCAUUGGGAUAUGGAGAGAGCUUAUCGGCUGUGCAAGGAGAGGAAGGAUCAGGAACAUAUUGAUGAGCAGGCUAUAAAGGCUUCGAGUCAGGAUGAAGUUCAGCAGGAGUUUUACGAGUCUAUUCCACAAUGA